UUGGCUGGUUGCACAUGAACUCGUUUCUUGCUCCUGAACUUGUUUCUUUGGAUCUGCCUUGAAUACAACUCCGAUUUAUUUGAACCAACAUGAUGCCACAACAAAAGAAAAGCGUGGAAUUAACUUCCAAGCCAGCUCCUCUUGUGCUGGGAGAGAAGAAGCCAUGGAACCCAGCUCCAUCCGAGCCCGUGGUCUUUCUCGGCGCUGCCUCCUACGAGUCCGUCAGCUGCGUCACAGCAAACUUUCAAGCCUUCGUGACGGAUCUGAGUCACGAGGACUUGGACGUUGAGGAGAGCCUGCAGGAAAUGGUGGAGCUCAUUUUCAAGAGGGCCGUGAAGAAACCAGAGUCUGCUGCAGUCUUCGCUGAGCUGUGUCAACACCUCUCAGAAGUGGAGUUCCAGUCCUUGUCCGACUGGUCAGUCAGCGUCUCCUUCAGGUCUCUGCUGGUUAAACACUGCCAGGCAGAGUUCGGGAAGAGCUUGGACAAGGAGGGCAUUCAUCAAGAGAGUGGGUCCUGCCUGAAGCCAGUCCAGGACGUGAGGGUCACCGACCGGCUGAGGGAAGAGCAACAGAACGCCAAACCUUCCGGUCGGUUCCUUAACAUGCUGAGAUUUAUUGGGCAGCUGUUCCUCUCCAAGGAAACAGUGGAUGCCAGGAAGAUGGCAUACUCCACCCCCCACUAA